AUGCCUUUUGCUUACGGCUCCCUCUUGCUUGUCACUGUGAUGGAAGCAGCCCUGGGACUAUCUGAUAUCCCUCUCCAGGUUACUGCUGACUAUCCACCGGGUUGUUAUGGAGGUCCUGGUCCAGGGAAUGGAAGCACCAUUUACAAUAUGCUAGCGCCUUCCUGCAUUUACAACAUGAAGGGAUAUACAAUCGAUGGGGUUCAUAGAGAGGUUGGCGGGAUGAUACUCAACACCAACAGGCCUGGGCAUUAUGGCAGCUUGCAUAUGAACGUCAAUCUGUCCACCGUGCCCGGCACCGAAAAGCAUGAUGUCCUGGUGGGAACGAAAGGUUGGGCUCACCUGAGUGUCGGUGAUGAAACCAGAGACUUUUGGUGGAAUCCAGCCCCAGGUCAGAACAUCUACGGUCCAGAUCCUGUUGAAGUGGGUGUCCAAGUUUCAACUAUCGACUCUGGUACUCUCCCCAAUAACGUGAGCAUUUGGAGCUCGUGGGAUAGGCUAACUGGUACAGCGAACAGCGACGGGUUGAUGCUGCUAUUUUGUAAGCAUGAAUGCUCCUCCAAUGUGCCCAAUUCUAGGUUCUACACCGUACAAGAAAUCCGCAUAGAAAAGGUGGAAGGUGGCUGGUACUACGCAAUUACGUACGCAUUUCGUGACGAUUCUCGUAAGAUAAGAGAGUACCUUAAGUAUGUGAUCUGGGGCUAUCUGCAGGAUGUGAAUACAGUAUUUUUGAAUCAUGAUGAUUCUAUGCCUAGCCAACGUGGCGACGUCGGUGAGGUGGUCUCCUGGUCCGAUGCUGGUGCCUCACGCACCGUCUGCGGGUUGCUGCGCGCUGUCCAACUUUUUAAUGAGCACACUCUUGCAACCCUCAUUGAAGCUCGAGGAGCGCUCAAGAGGGAAGCUUUAGCUGGGCUCAUCACCUUCCAAUGA